AUGCUUGACCGGUUGCCACUAUCCACGAGACUGGCUGCCGCCAUUCCAAGUGGUGUCAAUCUCAGCUGCUAUCACAUCUCGACUCAGCCUGUCCCCUCUGCAGCCUUGUUCUCUCCCGUGCCCUCUCAACCAGACCAGGCCACAACUUGCGAGUCUCACUUUCUCGCCAUUUCUUCUCCAGAAGAUGGCGAAAAAAAGGAACUCCUGAUUUUCGCAGUGGAGAUUCUCAUCUUUGCCACUCCUACCCUCACUUUCAUCUUUGUGUCCAAGGCUGACUCAUCCGGCUUUUCGUCUCGCUUGCCUUCACCAAAGAAUGCUCCCUCCAUCGUCGCUACUGUGACCUCCACCUUUAUUGAUUUCUUACUUGAUUCUCGGUUGCACAAUCAAAAGGUCGUGGUUUCACUCUUUGCUCGGGCCCAGAAUCAAUAUUUGUUUCCUGGCAGUAGCGACAAUUCUGGGAAGCAUGUCUUAGAUGAUCGACAGUUGAUCAAAUGGUGGAGUCGAGUGUUGGAUAGAACAAUGCGACAUCACCAUCAUGAUCCAGCACAGACCUCCAAAGUCGUGGCGCAUCUUGUCGUGCCAGGCUGCGACCAAGCAGAAACCAAGGCUUUCUUUCCUCCGGCGACCAGGCAAAACCCAAUAUCAGAACCAAAAUGGUUCAGCUCAUAUCCUGUGGAUCUUCUUGUCCAGGACGCGUCUCAACCCCCAAGGUUUCUAAUACCUCGCCUACCUGACGACCCUAAAGCUCGUUUUCUCGAUGACUUGGACAAUGAUUUUAUCGACAACCAAGGUCAAUGGCGUUCUGUCAAAUCUCUCCGUGAUUUCUGGGAGAUGAUGUCUUACCGACAAGAAUGUUCUGCCGGAAGGUUGGUCGGUUUCAUUUGGAUGAUAUUUUCGAGGGGUCAAGCAAGUCGUCUAUCGCGCCCACCCGCCAAUCAAGCUGCGCCACAACUGACGACGCCGGAAGCCUCCCAGGUGCAGGAAACCCUGGGGACGGAACCGCAACUUAUGCCGGGUCAACAGGUCAGCACGACCGCCGGAUUAAAAUCACCUCCACCUUCCUCCCCGGUUCAAGACUCGUUCGUGGACUCGCAAAAUACCGACGACACUGGUCUCCUUGAUUCAAACAGCUUUGGCUCAGAGAUUGGAACUGAUUUAGCCUUCGAGAGAGAUGCCAUUGAGUCGACAAAGGGACAGGUAGUUGUCAACACUGAUCAAUACGACCAGCUCAUGGACUUCAUGCUGCAGACCGAUUUUACCGGUGAAGACUUGGCAGCGGAAAGUACCCGGGGUUGGAUCAACAAAAUUCUGGAGAUAUCCAAGGCAUCCACCAUUGGGUACCAAAUACGUGGCGAAAGCAUCGUGGGUGACUCCCUAAAGCCGGGGGCGGGAACGUCAAUACCUCCGCCUGUCAACGUGCUCACCAAUAUUCGCAAGAAAAGAAAAGCAGAUCAAGAAGAUCGAACCUCAAAACCGGCAGUGAAUGAGCAAACGUCUCUGCCAGUUACUGUCAACACGUUAGCCACAUCACUGGUGCGGAAGAAACCCAAAACGUGA